AUGGAGAUGCGCGAUAAUCCAACUAAAAACGCUAGGAGCGCAAAGCUCCAAAAGUCUAUGAUAUAUGAGUUCGGUUCGGAAAGUAUACUUGCGUUUAUCUUUCCUAAAAUCCCGAAUGGUGUUUUCGCGCAAGUUAUCGUCGACUUGAAUGAAAAAAUGGAAAGGAGUGAAGGUUGUGAAUUAUUGGUAUAUCGUAGAAGCGUAUCGUUGCAAAGUCGCUGCUCUGAUCAAAAAAGGAUCUUGGAGAAGAGAUUAAAACAAGCUAAACUUUUGGAGGAAAUCGCUGUUCUAGAUGAAGAAAAUGAUUGA